AUGAAUGGCGAAGUGAGUCAUAUGUCGCCGCAGAGCGAAUCAAGCGGUGAAAGUACAGCCAAAUUUCCCAUUUGCCGCAAGCAAUCAUUCUGGGACCGAUUUCGGUUCCAUCGUUCAGAGAGACCAGACUAUGAUGAAGCCGAGAUCCAUACCUGGAAUGGGGAUCACGAUUCGGAAAACCCGUUCAAUUGGAGCAAGACCUACAAAUGGAUUCUCACUCUAACGGGGUGUUUCAUGACCGUCAUCGUAUCCCUCCCAACCGGCUCCUACAGCAGCGGCAAAAUAUACAUGGCGAAAGAAUUCCACGUCCAAGACAAACCUUUCCCGAAUCUGAUAUGGGCAACAUUCUCCUUCCAGCUUGGAGCCGCUUUCUUACCGGCUAUUUGCGUCCCACUUUCAGAAACUUGGGGCCGUCAGCCGGGGUAUUUUGUCGGAUAUUCAAUCCUGGUCAUUUCUCUCUUUCCGUCCGCAUUUGCACAUAACUUUGCUACCCUGAUCGUGACGAGAUUCUUCGGUGGAGGUGCCGCUGCUUCGACUAUCAAUAUCGUCGGUGGUAGUAUUAGUGAUGUCUGGCGUGGGAGUAUGGCGCGCAGUCAUCCUAUGUCCGUCUAUAUAUUUUCUACUACUGUUGGUAUUUCAUUGGGGCCUUUUAUUGGUGGGGGUCUUCAGAGGAUUCAUAUUGGUGAGCCGUGGAGACGGAUCUUUUACGUUCAAAUAAUGUGGGGUGUAGCCUUGAUGCCAGUCUUCUAUUUCAUUCUCUAUGAAACCAGAGGAGAUGUUAUUUUAUCCAAACGGGCCAAGAAACUUCGUCUUCAAACAGGCCGACCUAUCUACUCUAAAUUCGAGCUCGAGAUGCCCAGUCUCGCAAGGCGUCUAAAGGUCUCCACGACACGUCCAACUUGGAUGCUUCUGACCGAGCCGGUCGUCUUUUUCUUCACGCUUUGGCUCAGCUUUGCUUGGGGAAUACUCUUCGUCUACUUCGACAGUGUGUAUCUUACUUUCCACCACAACUACAAGUAUGAUAUCUUCACCGUUGGUCUUGUGGAGCUCGCAAUCAUGGUCGGUACUUUCAUCGGUCUCGCUUUUGACCCCAUCCAGGCUGCUAUAUACAGGCGCUCUGCUAAGAAAAAUCAAGAUGGAGAGAGUUAUGGUAAGCCUAUGCCAGAGGCUCGCCUGUAUACCUCUAUUCCCGGCAGUCUCCUCUUCGCAGGUGGUCUGUUCUGGUACGGGUGGAGUAGCGUUGGUGAUGGAUCUGUACACUGGAUUGUGCCGACGCUAGGCAUUGGAUGUACUGGUGUAGGGAUCUAUACCAUCUUGAUAGCGGUUAACAACUUCCUCAUCGAUGCUUAUGAGAAAUACGCCGCGUCGGCCUUAUCUGCUACCUCGCUGGGCCGAAACAUUGUCAGCGCUGCUGUACCGCUGUCUUCCACUGCGCUCUUUACGCAUUUGGGGUACGGCUGGGCUGGGUCAUUGUUGGGGUUUAUCGGGCUCGCUCUCUCGCUUGUUCCGGUGGUGUUAGUCUGGAAGGGGCCUCCGAUUCGACGGCGCAGUCCAUUUAUGAAGGAGUCGACAUUUGACUAA